AUGGACUCUCCCUUGUUACGCUCUGGCUUUCUUUCCCGUCUAUCUGUCUAUCUAUCUAUCUAUCUAUCUUAUUCGUUUAAAUCUAUCUAUCAAUCUCGUUCCUUUCAAUCCGAAUCACCGCUUCUAUCUAUCUAUCUAUCUAUCUAUCUAUCUAUCUAUUUUAUUCGUUUAAAUAUAUCUUUUGAUCUAGUAGCUUAUCCAUCGAAUCAUUGGUCAUAUCUAUCUAUCUAUCUAUCUAUCUAUCUAUCUAUCUAUCUAUCUAUCUUAUUCCUAUCCAUCGGAAUCAUUGGUCAUAUCUAUCUAUCUAUCUAUCUAUCUAUCUAUCUAUCUAUCUAUCUAUCUAUCUUAUGCCUCUCCAUCGGAAUCAUUGGUCAUAUCUAUCUAUCUAUCUAUCUAUCUAUCUAUCUAUCUAUCUAUCUAUCUAUCUAUCUUAUUCGUUUAAAUAUAUCUUUUGAUCUAGUAGCUCUCCAUCGGAAUCAUUGGUCAUAUCUAUCAUCUAUCUAUCUAUCUAUCUAUCUAUCUAUCUAUCUAUCUAUCUAUCUUAUUCGUUUAAAUAUAUCUUUUGAUCUAGUAGCUAUCCAUCGGAAUCAUUGGUCAUAUCUAUCUAUCUAUCUAUUUCAGCUACGAAGCCGGAGACUUUUUAAAUGUCUCCCAAAAUACUUCUUUCAUUAUAUUAGUGUUAUAAGUUAUACUAUGAUUGAUAAUUCGUAG